AUGGAAAUCAAGUACGACUGGACAGGCGCCCUCGUUCCUGGCCCCUCGAAGAACUGGGGACUGGAUGUCAAUCCUUCUUGGCUGAAAGCCAUCGUUCCCCAGGAUCCAGGGUUCCUACUCCUCACAGGAGACAUGUACUAUAUGGCGCUGCCCAGUACAGAUGAGCGCUUAUUGCUUAGUGAAGAGUACCAAUACAAACUCUCGGGCGUCCGGCUUCAGUACGGCAAAGAUAACAUGCCACACGUCAAUGUGCGAGAUCUCGGUGGUGUAGGCGCCAGCGAGGACGACCUGGUGCUGCUGGACGAUGGGAAGCUGGGUCUCCGCGAAGCAAACUCAUCGCGUCGUCUCACCGACGAAAGGGUGAAGCGAAACGUCGAGGUACUCCAAUGCCGUGAUCGCUUCUGCACGGAGGAGUUGGCGAAGCUGCAAGGCGAGAAAGUUGCUCUUAGGGUACCUAGGGUAUCGUCCGACACCCCGUUCCCACGCUUCCAGUACAAAAUGAUGUGGCCAUGUUGA